ACUGUACCUUCUCUUUAAUUAUCCAUGUGAGGGCCUAUAAAUUUGAUGGGGGGAAAAGGGCGUAAGAGAAGUAGGAUCCAAACUGGCGGAGUUCCUGACCUUCGCUGUCCUCUCGGUUCUCCGCCAGCCGCGCCUCCAGGGUGUGCCUCCCUUAUUUCAGCCCUAAAGUGGCCUCUGAAAGUGUUUAAAUGAGAAUGUCCUUGGCUCAGAGAGUGCUGCUCACCUGGCUUUUCACACUGCUCUUCCUCAUCAUGUUGGUGUUGAAACUGGACGAGAAGGCACCUUGGAAUUGGUUCCUCAUAUUUAUUCCAGUCUGGAUAUUUGACACUAUCUUGCUCGUCAUGCUGAUUGUGAAAAUGGCUGGACGAUGUAAGUCUGGCUUUGACCCCCGACAUGGAUCACACAAUAUUAAAAAGAAAGCCUGGUACCUCAUUGCAAUGUUACUAAAGUUAGCCUUCUGCCUCGCACUGUGUGCUAAGCUGGAACAGUUUACUACCAUGAACCUUUCCUAUGUCUUCAUUCCCUUAUGGGCCUUACUGGUUGGAGCUUUAACAGAACUUGGAUAUAAUGUCUUUUUUGUGAGAGACUGACUUCCGAGGAUAUUGUCUCUUUUCUGUUGCUGUUCAACAAUGUUCAUACAGUGUUCCGAAUCUUUGCAAGUUUCAAGAAUACUAGAGAUGUGACUGAAAGUACCAAGUGUAGUCUUAAACUACCAUAAAACAGGACUGGUAAGGCAUGAACUUGUGGCCAACCCAAAGCUUGAUUAUUCAAUAUUUGAGUUCUUGAUCUCCUAUCCCUGUGUAAUAAAGCUUG